AUGUCAAAUCCAUUUGACGAUCAGGGUUCUUUCGUAUCGGUUCCUGGUGCCGCCUUCACUUCCGACAGAUCCUCUCCUAGAAGGUUUCAUCAAAUUAAUUUUGACGACCUGGAAGAUGAUGAAGGUUCAUUUACAGGGUUUCCUCAAUCAGGUUUAAACCAGAACAAAACAGCCGCUAUUGCCAGAAACAUCAACGACGGUAAGUCUCCCAUUGCUAGUCCCCAAAGACAAUCGCCAAGCAUCUUCGCAAGAAGUAGGGCUCAUGCUAGUACAAACAAUAUAGGAAGAGGCUUGGAAUCAACUCCAAAUCUUCAAUUCCCUGCUGGAAAUAACUCUAUCCCAACUAGCCCAACUCUUGGUACACCAAGAUCUCAAUUUACAUCAAAAGAAUCUCCAAAACGUGAAAGACAUCAUGCGCAGCUCGUUAUGUCUGAUGACUCGGAUGAAGAGGAUACCCGUAACGCUGUUGUUAUUGGUGAUGACGAAGAGGAAGAAGAAACUAAUAGAAUGUUAGGAGAAAGAGGAUCUCCUCGCAGAUCACAAUUUGGAAGAUCCUCUCAUGGAAGCGAAAGAUUCUUGGAACCUCCACAACCAAUUUUUUCACCAGAAACAUUUGCAGAAGCCAACAGUGACGCCGGAAGUCAAACCCAUCGUCGUAUAUCAGAUGACCAAUCUACUCUCAACUACGAUUAUGAUGAUACCUACCAAAAGGCACAUGAAUUGGAAGAAAAAUCACUUUACUCUGAGCACACUGCCUACACAGGAGGUGAGUCCAGUCGAGCAGGAACCGAAAGUGACUAUUUUGGAGCUUCCAUAGAUGGUAAUAUAAUGCAAAACAUAAACAAUGGCUAUGUUCCAGCAGAGAGGAAACCCUUUCAAGAUUCGGCACCAAAGAGGAAGGUACGACUCGUUGGAAGUAGUAAAGGUAACUUAGUCUUAGAAAAUCCAAUUCCUGAAGAGUUGAGAAAAGUUUUAACAAGAACAGAAUCACCUUUUGGAGAGUUUACCAAUAUGACUUAUACAGCUUGCACAUCUCAUCCUGAUGACUUCACUAAAAACGGAUACACUUUAAGAGCAAACAAAUAUGGUAGAGAAACCGAAGUUGUGAUUUGUAUUACCAUGUAUAAUGAAGAUGAGUAUGCAUUUGCAAGAACAAUGCAUGGAGUUAUGAAAAAUAUUGCUCAUUUAUGUUCAAGAAAUAAAUCCUCAGUUUGGGGAAAAGAUGGCUGGAAAAAGAUUCAAGUCAUUAUUGUAUCUGAUGGACGUAACAAGGUAAAUGAUUCUGUGUUGAAGUUACUUACUGCUACUGGUUGCUACCAAGACAACUUAGCUAGACCAUAUGUUAACAACAAGAGAGUGACUUCUCAUUUGUUUGAAUACACCACCCAAAUCUCUAUCGAUGAAAAUUUGAAAUUUAAAGGUGAUGAAAAAUCAUUAGCACCAGUGCAGGUUUUAUUUUGCUUAAAGGAAAAGAAUCAGAAGAAGAUCAAUUCUCAUCGUUGGUUGUUUAAUGGUUUCUGCCCAGCUUUGGACCCGAACGUCGUCAUUUUAUUAGAUGUAGGUACUAAGCCUGAUAAUCAUGCCAUCUAUAACUUAUGGAAGGCAUUUGAUUCUGAUUCCAAUGUAGCAGGUGCUGCAGGUGAAAUCAAGGCUAUGAAGGGUAAAGCUUGGACUAACUUGUUGAAUCCACUUGUCGCUUCCCAAAACUUUGAAUAUAAAAUGUCGAAUGUUUUGGAUAAACCAUUGGAAUCGCUUUUCGGUUACAUCUCAGUCUUACCGGGAGCACUUUCUGCUUAUAGAUAUAUUGCGCUUAAGAAUCAUGAAGAUGGAACAGGACCCUUAGCUGCUUAUUUCAAGGGAGAAGACUUACUUUGUCAAGAUUCAGAUGAUGUGAAGAAGAAAUCCAACUCCAAGACCAAUUUCUUUGAAGCAAAUAUGUAUUUGGCAGAAGAUAGAGUAUUGUGUUGGGAGUUAGUAGCCAAGAGGAAUGAAAAUUGGGUUUUGAAGUUUGUCAGACAAGCAACAGGUGAAACCGAUGUUCCUGACUCCAUUCCAGAAUUUCUAUCCCAAAGAAGAAGAUGGAUUAAUGGUGCCUUUUUUGCUGCUUUAUAUUCUUUAAGGAACGGUAGACAGAUCUGGAGCACUGACCAUUCAUAUUUGAGAAAGAUUUUUCUACAAAUUGAGUUUGGCUAUCAAUUCGUCUCCUUGUUGUUUUCAUUCUUUUCUUUAAGUAAUUUCUACUUAACGUUCUACUUUUUAACUGGAUCUUUGAUUAAUAAUAAAGCUUUAGGCAGGGGAGGUUUCUGGAUCUUUACAAUCUUCAAUUAUAUCUGUGUCUGCACAUUAGCUUCGCUUUUUAUUGUUUCAAUCGGUAAUAGACCCCAAGCUUCGAGGAAUGUAUUUAAAGCAUUGAUUUUGUCACUUACAAUAUGUGCGCUUUAUGCAUUAAUUGUUGGAUUUUAUUUUGUUAUUGACACACUUACAUCUUUAAGUGGUGAAACGGUUGGAGGCGAGUACGUUUUUGUCAGUAUUGUUGUCUCUUUACUUUCAACAUACGGAUUGUACACCUUGAUGUCAUUUUUGUAUAUGGACCCAUGGCACAUGUUUACAUGUUCACUUCAGUACUUCUUAAUGAUUCCAUCAUACACCUGUACAUUACAAAUCUUUGCUUUUUGUAACACACAUGAUGUUUCCUGGGGUACUAAAGGUGACAAUAACCCACAAGAAGAUAAAAGUAAUAGAUACGUUAUUGAGCAAAGUGCCAAUGGUGAAUUUGAAGCUUUGGUCACUGAUAUCAAUGUUGAUGAACUCUAUUUGGAAACAUUAUACAGUAUAAGAGCAAAGAGAUCCGGAAGAAAGAUUGCUCAGCCAAAAGCGCCUAGACCAGAAAUGGAAGGUGAAGAUUACGCAAAAGAUGUCCGUACUAAGGUAGUUUUGACCUGGAUGUUAUCAAACUUGGUAUUUGUAUUGACAAUGAUGCAAGUUUAUACUGCUGGCCAAACUAAAACAAACAAAUACUUGGCAUUCAUCUUAUGGUCCGUGGCAAUUCUUGCUCUUUUCAGAGGUGUAGGAUCUAUCGGGUACCUCCUACAAGAAGUUACUCGAUUCGCCAUCAUUACCAAGAGUAAAUGGAGUCAUAAAAGACAAGGGUAUGCAGUUACUAAUAAUGCUAGUUCAUUGAACUAA